AUGUCCAAUCUCAUCGACGCAGAUGCAGGCACCGAGCGCUUCAGCGGCUAUGAAGCCGAGUUGAAGCUGGUGCAGGCCGACCUCAGCCAGCAAAUAGAGCAGAUCAAAGAGACAAGCGGAGAGCCCAGGAAAGCCGCCAUCAGCAGAGCAGAGCGCGCGCUGGAAGAAGCCGAGGAGCUGGUUACUGACAUAGACAUGCGACAGAUUGGUCAAAUGCGCCUUGAGAAGUCCAACAUCCCCGCAAACCUAAAGUCCAAAUACAACGCGCGCUUCCGCAACUUCGAACACGACCUCGACUCCCACAAGCGCAAACUAGAAACCUACACCUCGGACAAGUCCAAACUCUUCGGCAACCGCUAUACCGACGACCCAGAGAGCGGCGAUGCCCAGCUGGAGCAGCGCCAACAACUCCUCUCCGGAACAGAUCGUCUGAACCGGUCGAGUGGAAGACUGAGGGAGAGCCAGAGAAUCGCGCUGGAGACGGAGCAGAUCGGCGCAGGCACGUUAAGUGACUUGCACAGACAGCGGGAGCAGAUUACAAACACAAGAGAGAGACUGCUGGAGAGUGAAAGCUACACUGAUCGGAGUAUCAAGNCGUUGAGGGGCAUGGCGAGACGCAUGGCUACAAACCGCAUCAUCACGAUUGCCAUCAUUACUGUUCUGGUGCUGCUUAUCAUCGCUGUCAUUUACAGCAAGUUUAGAUGA